AUGUAUCGGCAGAUCCUCGUGCACCCAGAUGACCGAAGCCUGCAACGAAUCCUAUGGAGAGCUAAUCAUAAAACCGACAUUCAAGAAUAUUGGUUGUGCACCGUUACUUACGGACUCUCAUGUGCUCCUUUUCUGGCCAUUCGCACCUUACGUCAACUCGCCGAGGAGCAUCGCUUUCCGAAAGGCGCCGAUAUCCUGCGGGGCGACGUCUAUAUGGACGACAUCCUGUCCGGUGCCGAAAAUCUAGAGGAUUCCACCAACGCCUCCUACCUGCUGAGCCUCGUGGAACCGGACGCGCGCUUGCACCAAGAGGCCAGAUGGUGGCUGCCCGGAGAAAGUCACUCCACUCUCGGACUUCGAUGGCAACCGUGCAACGAUCGCUUCGCCUUCGCCACUCAUCAGAUCACCCUCUCGGCGGUCACUAAAAGAUCGGUCCUCUCCUUGACGGCGAAAUUGUUUGAUCCACUCGGCUGGCUGUCUCCAACUACCGUGCUGGCCAAGAUCAACAUUCAAGCAAUCUGGCUGCUGGGCCUUGACUGGGACGCGUCUCUGCCAACCGAGGAAGCGAGGAAAUGGCUGCGUUUCCAGGACGAGCUAGCUGCAGUGGAAAACCUGAGUGUGCCCCGAUGGUUAGGCAGCGUAGCGGACUCCCAUCAGGAAAUUCACGGGUUUGCCGAUGCCUCCGAACGUGCCUACGCCGCCGUCCUCUACCUGCGAACCAACACAGACGGAAGUAGCAGAGUGACGCUGUUGGCUGCGAAGACCAAGGUGGCUCCAUUGAAGCAGGUAUCCUUACCUUGUUUAGAGUUAUCGGCCGCCAGUCUUCUCGCUCGACUGGUCGCCCACGUCGUCCCUCUUAUUGGCGCAGAGAAGGUACUUCUACACCUGUGGUCGGACUCCACUGUGACUCUCGGUUGGAUUCGGGGUCACCCCUCGUCGUGGGUCACUUACGUGGCUAACCGAGUGAGCGAGAUCCAGACGCUGAUUCCGGACGCCCACUGGCAUCACGUACCAGGUCGGGAGAACCCAGCGGACUGUGCUUUUCGGGGACUCUAUUCUAACGAACUGGUUGACCACCCGCUCUGGUGGCAAGGUCCCGCAUGGCUGACGGAGGAGAGCGGUCCUUGGACGACAAACAGCGAGGAAAUGUCAGCGGAGGACCUCCCAGAGAGACGAGUCCGGACCCACGUCGCCGCCGUUGCCGAGCUGAAGCCCGAGUCGGAAUUGCUGCUGCGCUACUCCUCGCUGAAACGACUGCUGCGGAUCACUGCUUGGUGCCGUCGCUGGUUGCUGAUUCACCGCCAGCUCCGCCACGCGCAAAACCAGCCUGGCGUGAUCAGCUCCGACGAACUGACGGAAGCCCGCUUCUCCUGGGUGAGGUUGAUCCAGGCUAAAAUAUUUACAGACGAAAUUAGAAGGCUGCAAAAUGGAACGCCUCUGCCGUCGCGAAACUCCCUACAGAAACUAAAUCCAUUCCUGGACAGCGAGGGACUUCUACGAGUCGGCGGGCGCCUCAGACACGCUAACCUGCAGUACGAUGCCACUCACCCGCCAAUACUGCCCGGCGAGUCGACAUUCACUCUCCUCGUCGUAGAUGACCAUCACCAGCGGACGUUACACGGCGGUACUCAGAUGACCUUGUGCUCCCUGCGCCGGGAGUAUUGGGUCCCUCGAGGUCGGUCGUUGGUAAAAAGACACAUCAGCCGAUGUAUAAGGUGCACUAGAUGGCGAGCCGCCAUCACACAGCCUCUCAUGGGCGAUCUCCCGGUGCCAAGGGUCACACCAAGCAGGCCGUUUCUGCACACCGGCGUCGACUACGCCGGUCCGGUUUGGCUGAGGACCUCGAAGGGCCGCGGACACAAAGCAACUAAAGGGUUCAUUGUAGUUUUUGUGUGUUUAGCCUCCCGAGCCGUUCAUCUCGACGUAGCCUCGGACUACUCCGCCGACGCCUUUAUCGCAGCCUUGCGCCGGCUCAUCUCAAGGCGAGGGGUCUGCAUCAACUUAUACAGUGACUGCGGUACCAACUUCGUGGGUGCUGACAGGCAGCUAAGCGCUCUCUUCUCCGCCGCCAGUGCCGACGGACGCCGCAUCGCCGCAUUCGCCGCACAGGAGAAGAUCCAGUGGCACUUUAAUCCACCGGCGGCACCGAACUUCGGCGGCUUGUGGGAAGCCGCGGUUAAAUCGAUGAAGCACCAUCUGCGACGAGUCAUAGGUGAUGCAACCCUCACCUAUGAGGAGCUGGCGACGCUACUCUCGCAGAUAGAGGCUUGCCUCAAUUCUCGACCGCUGCAGCCCUUGUCCGACAAUCCUGAGGACGUCGCAGCUCUCACACCGGGCACUUCUUGA